CGCGCUCAUCCACAACAGUAUCAGCUGUGCAGAAUUGAACGAACAGAAACCCAAACAAUGCUGACGUUACCAAAAUUAUACUUUAAAAGACAACCGAGUACCACAAACGUAAAAUGCGCACAUUUGCGCAGCGAUAUUUUCAAAUGAAAUAGUAUUAAAUACGUUUCGUCACACUAUUCGUUAACCAGCCUUAUUCAAACAUAUUCAACUGCCUUUGAUUUCAACAAAUUGUUUCUGCUUGAACAACUGGCGCCUUCUUCUGUUUGUGAUAACAAUCGGCACCCAGAUACCUGCGUUCGCAGCUAACGAAAAAAAAGUAGCUGUUCUACUUAUUUAGCAACUUCGCUUCGCUCAUUAACAAACCAACCGAGGUGAAAGCGAAUUGCAUCAUGUUCUCGCAUUCGGGCCAUGUUAUGACGCUUGCGAAUAGCAUAAUAGGUGUCGGCAUCUUGGCGAUGCCUUUUUGCUUUCAGAAAUGCGGAAUUAUCUUGUCGAUCGUAUUGCUCAUACUAAGCAAUUGGAUAACACGCAUAUGUUGUCACUACUUGAUUAAAACUUCACUGCUGACACGUCGCAAAAGCUUCGAAAUGCUUGGUCUUCACGCUUUCGGCACAUCCGGCAAACUUCUGGCAGAACUCUGCAUCAUCGGCUAUCUGAUUGGCACGUGCAUAACGUACUUUGUUGUCGUUGGCGAUCUGGGACCACAGAUUGUGGCCAAGCUUUUAGCAUUGGAGAUUACAGAGUACCAACAUCUACGCACCUUGGUCAUGUUGGCAGUCACCGUCCUGUGCAUUGUGCCCCUAGGCAUGCUACGCAAUGUGGACAGCUUGUCCGCUGUCUGCACUGCCUCCAUUGGAUUCUAUGUGUGCCUCAUGCUCAAGAUUGUGCUUGAGUCCGAGUCGCACAUUGUGGCCAACGACUGGACAGAGAAAGUCGUUUACUGGGAGCCAGCAGGUGUGCUCCAAUGCCUGCCUAUCUUUAGCAUGGCCUUGGCCUGUCAAAUGCAACUUUUUGAGGUCUUCGGCAGUAUCAAUAACCAAAGUCUGGACAAAUUGAAUGGCAUUGUGCGCAAUGCGACUUGGAUUUGUACACUGGUGUACAUAGCAGUCGGCUUCUUUGGCUAUGUGGCUUUCUGCACUCACAGCUUCUCAGGUAACAUCUUGGUAAAUCUGUCGCCUUCAUUUGGCAGCGAUAUUAUCAAAAUUGGAUUCGUGCUUUCCAUUGCAUUCAGCUUUCCACUGGUCAUAUUUCCAUGCAGAGCCAGCAUAUACUCCUUGCUGUAUAAAAAGGGUCACAUGGAGAGCAGCAAUUAUAUACCCGAGCAGCGCUUCCGUGUGAUAACACUCUUCAUUGUCUUCUUCUCGCUUUGUGUGGCGCUCGUUAUUCCCUCUGUUGAGCUCAUUAUUGGCUUAGUCGGCUCCACAAUUGGCGUUGCCAUAUGCAUAAUGUUUCCAGCGUCGAGCUUUCGCCAGAUCAUUAAGAAAGACUCCACGGAACGCACUUUGGCACAGUUUGUGUUCGUCAGUGGUUUUUGCCUGAUGAUUCUGGGCACGUAUGCCAACCUGCACGCCAUCGAUGCCCAGAGCUCUGGUCCCCAGUUCGAUGCAGUGCAAGUGGUCACACCAUUGUUAACCAACGAAAUCCCACCACCCGUCGAGGUUCCCAAUUUAAAAAACCCCGAAGUAAACAAACACUUAGUAAAACCAAAUAAGGCUGAAGUCAAAGAAGUAUUAGGAAAACUGGAAGAGAACAAACGUGUACGGGCCGCAGAUAGCAUAAAUCUUGUCGAAAAGCCCAACGUUGUGAUCGCUGUUUCCGAGAAUCCACCGAUGCCACCACUGCCCGUUGACGAAUCCCAUGGCCUGGAUUCGAAAAACGAAGCCCCGCCAGAUAAGUCUGAAAGUCUGCCCAAAGAAAAACCCCAACCAGUUGCAGUUGUAAAAGAUGCAAAAAUAGUUCCCAAUAAAAACUUGACAAGAGCAGAGGGGGUGAUUCCAGUGAGUGUGGCUCCCGAGAAAGAGGAAGCUUCACAGCCCAUGAACAUAGCUGCACAGCAGACCAUAGAUGGAGCAGCCAUCAAAAAGGAGGAGGAAAUUACGGCCGAGGAGCAGAAGGAUAAAGUAAGUGUAGUCGAGUUGCUUAAAACAGAAAAAGAACUUAAAGAGAAAAUGGAGAGAUUGGGUCGCACUGUAGACAAACUAAACGAGGAGUUGGCCAAACAAAAGCCACAGAAUGCAGACACAAUGAAACUUUUGGAGCGCAGCGUCGACAAAAUCAACGAUCAAUUGGCCAAUCAAAGCCUCAAUAAUCCGAAACCUCUGGCUCUCAAUGAACUGGCUGAAGCACUAAAUCAGGUCAAAGAAACCAAUCGUCUGCAAAAUGACAAAAACAAAAUAGAAGAGAAGCCACAGAUGGCACUGCCAGAGCAACAACUGCAACCACAACAACAGGCACAGCCUCCAUCUCAACCCCAACCACAACCACAGCCUCAACAGCAACCACAACAGCAGCUGCAACUGCAACCACAACAAGAGGUCAACAACACGAUAAGGGAACGGAAGCCCGCUUCACUUUUGGAAAUUCUGACGGAGAACGCUCACGCGCGGGAGGAGCAGGAAGCGCACGCUGGCGUCUUUGAGCCACUCUCUUACAAAACGGGUGAGCUGCUGCGGAAUGCGAGUGGCGAUGCGCCGCCACUGGCGCAACGGCUGCCGCUGCCUUUGGCGCUGGCCAAUUCAACCAAGGCUCGAGCUAACAGUAGUGCCUUGGCUGCCGAGCUAACGGCCAACAAGUCUGUCGAUGCUGAAAACGUGGAGGCCAUCCGGCGAGAGCUGUUGCAGCUAAAGGAGCAGCAGAUGACGACGACGACGGCACAGUCGGCGAUACGCGUCAAACGUGACGCCGAUGGCAAUGAAAAUUGUCUUCCCGAACCAAAACUAAACGAAGUGAAGAGCGGCGGCUUGAUCGGAAUCGCCCUGCAAGUGGAGAAUAUGGGACGUGAACUGAAGUCCGUUAACGACGAUGAUCUAGAUAAAGCGAGCUCCACGCCCAACACAGACGCAGACACAGAUAGAGAUGAUAAAAGGCUAAAUAGUGCGCUGAACUGAACUGAAAGCACUACGUGCAUCAGAAGAUGAUGCAACCGGAUGUAUGGACAGAUGUACAGCUCCAGUCUAAUGUUCACAGGGCCAAUAAGCUUUAUUAUUAACUUAUUUAUAUUGAAGAUAAUGUAUUAAUUUAGUAUCUAGCAGAAGAUGCGCCUAUAUGCUUAGCAAUCUACACAUAGUUAUAUAAACUAUUUAUAUGGAUCGAUUGCUUCAAUUGAAAAAAACUAAUUAAUAUUGUUUUAAGUAUUAAUUUCAAAUAUAUACAUAUGUUAUAUUAAGAACUGAACGAAAGAUUGCCUUUCUUUAUGUUAUUCAAAUUCUAGGCAGACUUUGAUUUUUCAUUCAUUCAAAUUUGUUUCAACACAUUAAUUGGAAAGUCCAUGGCUAGUUUUAGACUUUUGGAAUAAUGCGCAGAAUUAGUUUAACAUUUGGUUUAAAUCAAUACUAAAUCAACAUACCUGAUCAAGUAUCAUUCUUAAAUGAAUUUGCCAUACAAUGUGCUGUGGGCAAACUUAUUUAAUAAUUAGUGAUUGUUUAUUCCAAAUGUUAGGCACCCACCCAAAUUUCUGAUCAAAAUUGAGCAGUUUCUAUUGGAAAUAGAGGUAGCAGCAUGUCGAUAGUUUUGGAUGUUGUUCAAAAGAUAGUCUUAUAUAGCGCCUACGAGCUGACCUGUGCCGCCGCCGCACAAUUUUUAUAUAAAUGCCGCAUCAUGAACGCGUGGAAAUUUAAACAAAAAUUUAAGAUCGCAAAAGCAGAGGAUAAUGGGAGGAUGUCCAUCGAGGAACGAGAUCCGCCCGCAACAUUAGAUGGCUUCAAUGUGGAGCCCAAGCUCAGCAGCCAGCAGCUAGACUCAGAGUAUAUCGAAUUUGCAUUCAGGAGUUGUGGGCCCAUUUGCCAGCCAAAGACUUCCAUGAUGCGCAUAGCCAGGGACAGCUACUUCUCGUAGACCCGCACAAGCCGAAACAAAAGGCAACUGAUCGCAUAGAUAAAAUAACUUUAAUAGAGAGUAUGGAUGAUCCACCACUUGGAUAACAAAUUGAACAACUCUAACUUCAUCCUUUGUAGCAGCUACCAUUUAAGUGUGUAAUUGGAUUACUUUUUUCUUUCCUUUUCUUUUUUGUGUAUCAAUUAGAAUAAUAGUUUCUCAGCUAACGAGA